ACUAAUUCACUCUAGAAUAUUUGUCUACAGUUAUGAGCAGUUACAGUUUUGACAGUUACAGUUAUGACAGUUACAGUUUUACAGUUAUACAGUUACGACAGUUACAGUUAUAACAGUUACACAGUUAUGACAGUUACAGUUUUACAGUUAACUGUAACUGGUGCAUGCCUACCCCUAAUAACACCUAUAGUUUUAAGAAGGGUUUGAAGGAAAAUUCAACCAUGCAUUCAACGAGUAAUUAGGCAUAUGUAUUUAUGAACACAUAGUAAUUAGUUACGACUUAUUCAUUUUUCUUUAUUUUUUCUGUUUUGUCCACAAAAUAGUAUAAAGAAAUAUAUUGGUCAGAACUGUUCGUGUUGUGAAAAUGUGUAUAUGAAUAUCUUAUUCUCAUUGUCAUAUUUCAACGUCAAAGGCAUCUCCAUCAGACAAAACAGAGCAAAAUGAACAAAAAUAUAAUUAGUUGGACUAUGCAUAUCUGAUGGUUACAGAGACACACUGUGUGUUUUAGUGGCAUAGACCACUGAAAAACAAAUAUCAUUAGAAAAUAAUCAAACUUUUUUAGACCGGUUUUUACCGAUUUAGAAAAACCUUUUAAUCGGCCGUUAACGGCCGAUCCGAUCUCACGUAGCUUUCCAACCGGCCGAUUCGAUCCGAUUGCGUUUUUUUCAAACGGUUCCAACUUUGACGUAUAUUAGUGUAACAGAAAAGCAGAAUGACAAACAAAAUAUGAACAUGAAGCAUAACAGUACUCAAUGUUUAACGUACAGUGUUAUUACUUCAUAGUUAGUUGUUAAUUAAAAAUAUCGGGUGCGGUAGAGAGAAUGAGUCUCUUAGUAUUUUCUGUUUUUCUCGUGUUCCUUUAGGAUCAUAAGGUACAAGAACGUUUCGGCGAAGUUAGACCGGAUUUGCUGCAGUAUCGCACAUGUCAAUCAGCAUUAACUAAGUUAGAUUACUUAUCAAACGAUUUAGGUAUUAAUUGUGUUUCAUUGAUGCCAAUUACAGAAUCUGGCGAAGAACAUGACUGGGGUUAUACAAUACGUCAUUUUUUUUCAAUUCAAUCAACAUACGGUAAAUCAUCGGAUUUAAAGCAAUUGAUUGAUGAAUGUCAUCUUCGUCAUAUACGUGUUAUAUUUGAUGCUGUUUGUAAUCACUGUAAUGCUGAUUGUCCAUUAUAUAAAAUUGAUCCAACAUCGUACUUUUACUGGAAAGAACCACACCAUCCUGAAGGUCCCAAGGAUGAAAUAUGGGGACCAGAAUUUAAUUAUGAAGAAAAAGAACAAAGCCCGGCAUGGAAUUAUAUGACGGAUGUUAUUCAAUAUUAUAUUAGAGAAUUUCAUAUUGAUGGUUUAAGGUUAGUUGAACACAUCAUUUUACACACUAACAACAUAUAGACAGACCCGUAGAAAUUAAAAGCGAAAGCUUUUUGACGUAGGCUUUUAGCUCUAAAUAUGAAAUUUUUGUCAAGAUACCUCACGACACGUUUUCAAAGAUUAUUUCCGCGAGUUCCUAAGAUUUCUCUACAUUAUAUUGAAAGAAAGUUAACGCAAACUACGUUGCAUUUGUACGCGCCACUGCGGAAAUCUGAUAUUAGCAGGCUUUUGGUCGUGUGUGAUCAAAUUUACAUUCCUCUUUGAGUAAAGGUACUUUUGAUCACCAAACGCUUUUAGAUACAAAUGAUCACCAAAAAAAGAUACUUUUGAUCACCAAAUUUUUUAGAUACAAAUGAUCAUCAAAGAAAGAUACUUUUGAUCACCAAACGCCUUUAGAUACAAAUGAUCACCAAAGGAAGAUACUUUUGAUCACCAAAUUUUCCAGCAUCACAUUUUUAUACAUAU